AUGGCAAGUGGGGCUGGGCACAGAGCCGGGGGUGUAGUCGUGGCAGUUCCUGGAGAUGGCUGGUGCCUCUUCCAUGCGGUGGCAAGGUACGGGGCCAGGCCUGGAGCAGGUGCUAGGCCGCGCUGGUGUCUGCGUGCUGCAGCGGAGAUCUACUUGCAGGCGCUAGAGUGGCUGUGGGCGGCGCUGGCUGGACCAGAUGCCGCAGCAACUGAAGCAGCUUGCGUGCCAGAAACGGAGGCGGAGUUGGAGCGACACCGAGACUUCGUUCGACGGCGCGGUGGCGUGGAGGCACAGGUUCCAGACGCCAAGCUGGUGCUGUGGAGUAAGGUGCUGGCUGUGGUGGAGCAGCCUAACGGUCUGGACUCCUUCCAUCAUGGGACCAGCGCAGAAUUGUGGGCGCUCACCCAGCAGUUCGACUUCGAUGCUAUAGUAUGGAGCGGCGUCCCUGACGCGAACUACUGGGCACGAACUCAGACUCGUGUCACGGACGAAGAAUGCCGGACGGCAGUGGCUCGGCUCCCGACCGUGCUGCAGCUGCUGCACCGAGAGAUCGGCAACGUGGGGCACUAUGAUCUGCUCGGGACCGAUGCCGUGUCUCCGCAGCCGUUUGCGCGGACACCUUGGGUGAGGCGGUGGGCCGAAGGCGGCAGUGAAGCCAUGUGGGAAGUGCUAGGCAUGCCAAGGCGGCCCGAGCGCAUCCAUGCUCCAAUUCCUGAAGUGGAGGCGGACGUCUGGUCCGAGCCAGAAACCAAGUGUGACGUGGUCUUGUCAGACAAAAACUCUGACAAAAUAGACAUGGAAACCGAUAGUGUGCCAAGGCAGCCCGAGCGCAUCCAUGCUCCAAUUCCUGAAGCGGAGGCGGACGUCUGGUCCGAGCCAGAAACCAACAGUGACGUGCCCUUGUCAGACAAAAACUCUGACAAAAUAGAGAUGGAAACCGAUAGUGUGCAGUCGUGGGACUCGCAGGAUGCCAGCGACGAAGCUGAAGAGCUCGGCCCGGUGGCGGUGGAAGCCAGCAAGACGUGGACCACCCUGGAAGACACAGACGUCCACCUUGCCGAGCAAGUGGCAUCCCUGCUGCGGCCGACGCCGCUGCUGCCGCCGCCGCUCCCGGCCUGGAGUGCCAGCAUGUGCGCGCCUGCCUCAGGAAUAGUCUACCCCGCCGUGCAUUGCGCGUUUGCAGGCUGCGCUUGGUGCAGCGAGACGCAGCCGUGUCAAGAGCGGGGCACGCUGGAGCGUGGGUGGUGCCAGACUUACACUGGCAGGGCAGGAGUGGUGGCACUCGUUUGCCGAGAGGAGGCAUCCGUGCCUGCAGUGGGCUGGAGCGUGGAUCGGCGCACGCUACGCCGUCUCCGACAGGAGAGGCGCGAGGAGCACUGCGUGGCCUUGGUGUGCGCCUGUUGCGCGGGAGUGCAGCCUGGAGGUCCUAAUGGCAACGUAGGAUACGUGUCAGUGCGCGAGCUGUUCACAACCGUGUCAGCCGAGAGCUUUGCCGCGAACUGGAGCUUGACAGAGUACAUUCGCAAGUACGGCGAGCACGCGGCCGUGAGAGAUCGGCUUCCGGAGCAGGAUUGGCAGCUGUCGCUGCCGCCCGAUCUGUUUGAGGGGCAGCGAAUUCUGUGCUGCCCAGAAGACCGCGUGUGUGCCGCGUGUCCAGCCACGCAAGAGCAACUGUGCGCUGAGUGCAAGCUGCCACUGUGCCGGACAUGCUGGAGCCGCUUGCGGCAGAGCACGUGCCCGCAAGUCCCGCAAGCUCUUGCCAAUGACAACUGGUACGGGUAUCCUCUGAAUUUCUUAUAUCAAGAAAAGGUGCGGUGGAUUGAGGCCGCGGCAGCAUGUCCCGUGUGGACGUCCGUGGUGAGUUUCUAUAUAGAGGAAGAUCGCGGGCACCUGAUGGAGGAGGAGCUGCAUCGCAGCGACUUCCGCGUGGCCGUGCGAGGCAAUGUUAGCUCCUUCAGCAUGCCUUGGGAGGAGAUCUACGGCAGUCUCCACCGCUUGGGGGCGGAGGCUGUGCUGCAUCAGCUGCCGCACGCAGUCCCGGUGCUCAACACCAUGAUGAAGUUGACAAUCAAGGGCAUGCGGCACGCCGAGAUCGUGGAGUGGGUGGCUGGUGCAAAGCUGCGCCCGUGGAUCGUCGUGAGGUUGUUGGAGCACCUGAUCGACAGCGGACAUCCCAUGUGUGAGGCAUGGGCAGACAAAGCCGCGCUCAAAGAAAGCUUGAAGCAGCGGGUGUUCAGCAGGUACGGCAAAGACGAAAUGUCGCCGGUGACCAUGGAGGCCGCCCCGAUGGCGCCGGAGGAAGCCGACCAAAGCGGCGGAGGGCAGAAAAAGCAUGCCACACCUGAAGCGGCCAGCGUGCAUGAAGUCAACGGCGAGGCCUUUGCUGGCAUAGUGCGGCCGCACGUGUUGUCGUCCGACUACACUAGCUCCCAGGUGCACGACGUAGACGUGCAAGAAAUUGUGCAGCUAGCCAAGCUCACCGCGCACGUGAAGGUGCAAACCGGGCAAAGCUUUUGGGACCAGUGGCAAAAUCGAUUCGUCAGCUGGGCGUACCCUUUCAGCCUGCCCGCGCCAGUGGGCGGUCCGGAUUUCCCGUCCAAGUCGCGGGACCGCAGGGGCAGUGAGGCUGCCGUGCUCACGCCCUUCGCAUACAUGCAAUCGCUGGCCCGGCGCGUGGAGAGCUCCAUCCGCAACUCCUGGGAUCUAGUGCCCGGGGUGCGCCGCAUCACGAUGAAGUUGGCAUUCGGUGUGGCACUCCGACCUGUGGCGUCGGCUCAAAGGCAAGCGGGCCGCCUGUACAAAAAGUUGCAGAAAGGGGUGUACACCGUGCGCCGCAAUGUGUGCAAGCCCAUCAACUACGAUGCGCGGAAGUUGUGGUACGCCAAAGACUUGACGCUGCCUGAGCAGGAGCUGCUGCGGGAAGUGCGGCACACGCAGCAGACCUUGCCGGGGACGGUGGAAGUCCGUCGCCGCAUCGGCCGGUUCUUGUUCGGGGCCCGGGUGGAACUAGGAGAGCCGCUGUUCCUGACAUUGUCGCCCACCACGCGGCACAACGGCCUCUGCCUCAAGUUCUCGCGGUAUCGCCGUGCGGACCCGGCAGCAACAGGCAUGUCCGGGCCAUGGUUUGCACGAGACUCGCCUCAAGUAUGGGACACGGCCGAUGUCCAAAUCGAGCUGCCGAAUUAUGACGUCCGGCGAGAGCUGACGGCCAGAGACCCGUGGGCGGUUGUCGUCGCCUUCCAGGCCAUGGUGCGCUUCGUGUUUGGCACCCUGCUCGGCCUGCGCAUGUGCUUCCGAUGCCCAAAUUGCACGUGCCGCGAUCAGACAGGGCACGGGUUUCACGUGACGGGCGGCGUGCUGGGCCUGGGCCUGGUCCACGCCAUGUGCGGCGCGAUUGAGUACCAAGCAAACUCGACACCGCAUUUUCACUGCAACGUGUACUUGGCAUGCGUGUGGCAGCAGCCCCUGCAGAAACUUGCCGACCUGCUGCAGGCCGAAGUGCUGCGUGUGGCGGAAGUGUUCGACUUUCAGCAGUGGCUGCAUUGCGAGGAGCAUGUUCUGCACGAGAAGCACCAAGCCGAGGUGCAGGCAGUGGAAAAGUCGUGGCUGCAAAACUACCGCGGUCCAGAGAAGGACGCUUUGUGCUUGUGGCCCUGCUUCCUACUGCAAGACACGCAGCCGAGCGCGUGGACGCAAGAUCAAGCAGAACAGGCGGCAGCCACGGAUGCAGCGAGGUUCAAGGCAGCCUACGAUGCAGCUGUGCAGCAAAAGCUGACGCAUCAGCAGCAUCACGUGCACCCGUGGAGUGCCUCGCAGCAAGCCCGCUUGCCGCUGCCAGCAUGCCGCAAAAAGAACGCUCCGAAUAAAUGCAAGCACGGCUUCCCGCGGCCGCCCAAUCCGCGCUGCAGAGUCAUUUGCCGCGGCAACGCGCGCAAGUUCAAGCUCAGCACCCGGGGUCGCCGUAAUGCGCUGGGCACUGUGCUCGGUCGCCGGCACGAUCCGUGGCUGUCUGGCACCUGCCGAGCGUUCGCCUUGAUGCUGAUGGGCAACAGUCACACCGGCCUGAACUACCGCGUGCCUCUGGCGAGCAGCACGCAUGAUCCGGACUGCGCUCGGGACUGUCUUGGGGCGCAGACCGUCCGACGGCUCCAGCGAGCCAUCGCCCAAGCGGCUCGCCGUGCCACCAAGUAUUUCACGGGGUACUUACAAAAACCGCAGCCUCUGGGCCGGAAAGAGCUGCAGCACGCGGCGAGGCAAUUGAGCUUCUUGGACACCAAGCCGUGUGAGGGCAAGGAGCUGCAGCGAUACAGGCAAGUCGUCAACCGGGUGCUGGGAGACCUCGAGUUUCGUUGCUCCGUCCGACCACUCACGGAAGAGUUCAUGCUGGCUGGCUUUUGGGACGUGAGCGAGCCGUCUUCGGCCGAAUGCAUUCGCAGCUUCUGUGUGGCCCCAUUCGUGGGGCACGAGUGGUUGACGCAGCUUGAUGCAGUCACCGAACAGCGGAAGAAACUCAAGCCACACAGCAAAGGCAAUGCAGAGUUCAAGCUGUCUGAGCUGUACGGGUGGCGAGGCACGGACCCACGCGUGUACUUCUUGUCUCCAUGGGAGUUUGUGAAAUGGUGGGAAGUGAAGAAGCUGCAGCCGCCUUCUGCGGCGGCCGAAGGGGACGAGCGCGGCCUGAGUGAGUGGAGCCCCGGACGCUCCCAGAGCAUGGCGCAAGGCCAGGCGUCUGCGCCCGCAGACGGCUGGAAGUUCGGACGGGACUAUCGCUGGCGCGACCCCUUGCCACCCCGUCUCGCAGCGAGCGUCCUGCGCCCGCCGUGCAAGAGCCAAACCCAGGCGGCCGCAGCGCACUACCUGCAACGGCGUCAGGAGCCUGUGGUGCCUUUCCCAAGCCUGUGCCCGCUUCCAAAAAGUGACAUGCCCGCAGACACACAAGCACGGUUCCUGAACGUGUAUCUGCGACCUUGGACCUUGGAUGCGGCAGACGCGAGCCUGCACGUGCCGCACAUCACGGCGCUGGACCUGCCCAUCUCCUCCUUGCAAGCAAGUAAGCCACGGCGACGGCUGCUACAAAAGACAGCCCCUGCAGACAGAAGCCACAGCGCAGCUUGGCGAGACUAUGCGACGCAGCACGCGGUGUCCGAGCACGCUGCCAGGACAAUCCGCAACUUCUUGGCCGCGGCCGAGUGCACGCCUGACGAAGAAGACUUGGAGCAGGACAAGAAGGAGAAGCAAUGCGCCGAAGUGGACACGACUUGGGUGGAUGUAGCCACAGUUCGCCGACUCAGUGAGGGCGGCGGCUUCCAGUACUCCAGCCGCACGGCCCCCGCAGUGCGCAACAUAGUCCAGCAGUGGCGCACCAAUGCCGAUGCGGAGCAAGUGGCGGACCUCGCACGGUGCGCAGGGGUCCCAGAUCCCAAGGAAGCCCUCGGAGCCGGAGCAGGAGAUGCACCGCAGGAGCGGCCGGGCGAAGCGCGCGCUCAGCCGGCAGUGGCGUGCGUGUACGGCAAGCUGAGUGCACAGGCAGCUGCGCUGUGGCUGCGCAACUUGCACGACCCCAGCACUCUGGCACGGCCCAGCGAAGAGCAGCAGGCCUUUUUGCAGGCCGUGAUAGAUCGCUGCCUGCGGGAAGCAUGCGAGGAGGCAGAGGACAAGCCCUUUCGUAGCGAGCCACUGCGUGCCUUCUUGCACGGCGUGCCCGGGGCGGGCAAGAGCCAGACCCUCAAGUGGCUGCGCGGCUUUUUCGAAGAGAUAUGCGGGUGGAUGCAGGGGCAAGAGUUUGUGUACUUGGCCUCACAAAACACCCAGGCUGCGCUGAUCGACGGAAACACGCUGCACUCGUUUGCCGAGCUGCAAGUCAAGGCUCCCAAGCAGAGGCGACAAACGCAGUUUGGCCCCGACAAAUUCGUGAAGUACCAACGACUCCGGUGGCUGAUAGUCGACGAAUGCAGCACCGUCGCGCUAGAGGUCUUGGCCGUCUUGCAAAAGCGGCUGGCAGAAGCGACCCGCAAGAAGCGCUCCUGGAAGUGCAGAGACACCACGCACGAGCGGCCGUUCGGCGGCGUGAACUUCCUUUGCGCAGGGGACUUCUGGCAGUUCCCCGCGGUGCGCGCCACCUCGCUGUUCCAAAACCCUUUCAGCAAAGGGGUCAGCGUCCAAGUCGCCAACCUGCACCGCCUGUUUUGGACGCACGGCGAGGACGGCAUGCAGCGCUUGUUUGAGCUGACAAAAGAACAUCGCUGCGUGGACCCGUGGCUGAGCCACGUGCUCUUGCAAGCCCGGUAUGGGCGGCUGUCCCAAGAGGUGUGGUGCUUCCUACACGGCUAUCCCACGCUGGCAGGACUGAAACCCUUGCUGCAGUGGCCUCUGCGCCCGGUGGCCUUGCGCCUGGGGACCAUCUGCUUCUCCAUCGCCUUUGCAUGGCGCCUCGAAGAGUUCUGGUACGGCUUGUCCACGUGGCUCCUGAAACUCUUUGAGGAGGUCGGCCUUGAGCACCGGUAUUUGGCGGCCGUGGCCUACGCACUCUCAGGUGUGCCUGGCUGUGUGGCCUCAGUGCUGCUGCUUCGGUGCCUGCAGCCUUGGCGGCUGCUGGCGUUCUGGCUCCUGUGCACAUCCCUGAGCUGUCUCAGUAUAAGUCUCAUCGAGUCCGGAGCACAAGGGCCUUUGCUGGCGGCCGCUUGCGUGUGUUUUUUCAACAGCGUCUCCACUGGGGUCUUCAACGUCUUGACCACUGUGUGGGGUGCGCCUUUCAGCCCCUCUCUGCGACCCUUCGCCCUGGGAGCGCUCUCUGUGGCGCUGCGCGUGGGCUCUAUCUGCGCUCAGUUCGUGGAUAGCGCGUUGCUCUCCAGCCACAAGGUGCCGGAGAUGACACUGCUGCCGGCGGCAGUGACGAUUGCCUGGACUCGCCAACUGCAACUGGCGACUGGCUACUGGCUCCGACGACAUCUGAAGGGCGACAGCAGGAAGAUCGACCUGGCCAGAAGUAUCCAGGCCUUGGUGGCGGAGAACACGGCCCUCAGGAACUUCUCUCAGCUGCUGGUCUACUGCGUCUCAGUUUUCGGCCCCCAAACUGUGCCGAGCGCCUUCCCGCUGAAUGACUCUGCCGCUUCCGCCUCCAAUGUGUCGUUGGUAGACCUGGACUUGGACUUCCUGGAGCUGGGAGGAACCAUCACUUGGCGUGCGCCUGACGCUGUGGAAUUUGUUGAAAGCUACGUGCUCUAUUUGGCGUCCGACCUGGCUGGCAGCAACCGUACUUUGCUGCAUUUGGUGCCCAUGGGCAUCAACCAGCUUUUCCUUGGCGCGGACACCUCGCGUCUGCCCAGCCAGACCUAUCUCCUUGUUUACACCAAGUCUGCCCUCUUCGAGCAAUCCACCGCCAGCGAGCUGCAGGUGGAGGACUCUGAUAUCUCCGCAAACAAUGUGAGCUUUGUGGACGUCGAUCUGGACGACACUGAGGUGGGCGGCGUGAUCCGCUGGACCGAGCCGGAGGACCCUGACGCCCUCGCUGCAGGCUACGUGGUGUACCUGGCGGACUCCUCCAAUCGCAGCGAGAUCAGUUCUGCUGCGGCAGGCACCUCGGAGAGUCCCUUCUUCCAAAACGUGGCGCUCCAAGGCUUCACGGAGGCCGCGGUGUACACCCGCUCUGUGCUGGCGGAGCAAACCACGCCCAGCGUGGCGGCGCUGAGCGACGCCUUCGCGCGGGUGGAGGUGACCUUUGUGGAUCUCGACCUGGACGAGAACCAUCUCGGGGGGUACGUGCAGUGGACUGAACCGCUCAGUGAGGUGGCCAGCUACAACAUCUACCUGGGCGCCGAUGCCUUUGGUCUGAACCGUUCCUUGCUUGGCCAAGAGCCAGCGGAUCGGAACUCCACCUUGGUGCCAGCCGAUACCAGUCGCGGCGCCUUCUCCCACGUCCUAGUCUUUGCAGUUUCCUCGGUGGAGCAAACCACGCCGGGAAGCGCCAGCAUCCAGGACGUGUGGGCCAGCGCCAGCAGCGUGGGCUUCAGUGACCUGGACCUGGACGCCUCUGAGAUCGGGGGCGAGGUGGCCUGGCAGCUCGAGGCGACCAACCCAGGCGCCGUGUGGCGCACCGCCGUGUACCUCGCGGGUGACAGUGGCCGAUCCCUGGUGGGGGAGGUGGACGCAGGCCAGACUAGGCUCAACCUUCCGGUCGACACGCAGCUGGGCGACUUCCGCUUGCUUGCCGUGUACACCAGGUCUUUGCUGGCGGAGCAGUCCAGCCCUUUCACAGCGGAGGUGAACGACACCAACUUCUCAGUGGCAGGUUUGGUUUUCUUGGACCAGGACCUGGAUCUAGGCGAGCUGGGCGGCGAGGUGUCGUGGACUGCUGAGAGCCUCGCCCAGCUGCAGGACUACGUGAUUUAUCUCAGCCAGAACGCGUCCGGCUACGGCCGAAGCCUUGUUGGCGCGACGGAUGGCGCAUCCCAGGCGCUGGCUGAGAACACGUCCCUCAGUGCCUUCGCCUUUGUGGCUGUCUACGGGCGCUCCGCCUUGGCGGAACAGAGCACCCCUACGGCCCAGGCCCUGAGCGAUGCUGGGUUGGCCCUUGUGGCCAACUUCACGGACCAGGACCUGGACGCUUUUGAACUCGGGGGCAACGUUACCUGGGAGCUCUCAGUCGGGGACUUGGCCCAGGUGCAGAGUUUCGUGGUUUACUUGGAGACCGGCGAAUCGGAGAGUCGGUCACAGCUGGGAGCCGUGGAUGCCACAGACACGGUCUAUCCCAUGCCCCCCGAGGUGCCUAUGGGCAACUUCGCAGAACUUACGGUGUAUGCCAGAUCCAGCCUCUUCGAGCAGACGACGCCCACGGGCCUGUUGCUGGAGGACACCAAUGCCAGCGUCUCCAGCACGGGCUUCGCGGACUUGGACCUGGAUGCCAAAGAGGUGGGGGGCCAGGUGACCUGGAACUUGCCGGAGGACCUGGCCCAGGUCACCGGCCUGGAGGUGUACCUCUUGGGGGCUGAGAGGUCGCAGGUGGCCUCUUUGAAGGCGUUGACCUCAGCGGAUAUCUUGCCGGACACCGCGACCCAGGACUUCACACAGGUCGCAGUGUUCACGCGCUCGGCUCUCACAGAGCAGACCACCCCCGGCACCGCGGCCGCGCUGUGGGACGCGUGGGCAUUGGCGGAAGAUGUCACCUUCGUGGACCAGGAUUUGGACGCACUGGAGCUGGCGGGCAACGUGUCCUGGGUGCCCAACAGGACGGUCAAUGCCGCCGUCAGCGGGUAUCAGGUCUAUCUCUCCAACAGCUCCACGGGUUUCGGGCCGGGUGAGCACGUGACCACCGAGGGCCCGGAGGCGGACAUUGCCACAGUACCGGCGGACAUCCCGCUCAGCACGCUGCGAUACGUGCAGGUCUACACCUUUUCCUCGCUGGCGGAGCAGAGCACACCCACAGCGGCAGAGCUCAGCGACGUGUGGUCCAGCGCCAGCAACGUGGCCUUCACGGACCUGGACCUGGACGCCGCUGAGCUCGGGGGCGAGGUGGCCUGGCAGCUCGAGGGCACAGGCGCCUGGCGCACCGCUGUGUACCUUGCGGCCGGAGCAAAAGGAAUCGGAUCCCGGUCCCCGGUGGGGGAGGUGGAUGCAGGUAUCUUCAACCUCAGCCUUCCAGUGGAUACGCCCAAGGGCACCUUCUCCUUCCUGGCAGUGUACACUAGGUCUCGCUUUGCGGAGCAAAGUUUUCCGUCGGCGCUGUGGGUGAACGACACCAACGCCUCGGUGGAGAACCUGGUCUUCGUGGACAAGGACCUUGAUGAGUCGGAGCUCGGGGGCGUCGUCUUGUGGAAUGAGUCGGAUGGGACGCAGGUGGAGGACUACCGCGUGUACCUCAGCGUGAACGCCUCCGGGGAUGAGCGCCAGGCGAUUGGCGACGUGUCCGCGGAGCCUUUUCAGGCGCCGUUAGCGGCAGACACAGCGCCGGGCAUCUUCCGCUUCAUCACCGUCUUCGCGCGCUCGAGUCUGGCGGAGCAGACGACGCCCGUGGCGCAGGCCACCAGCGACGCCUUCGUGGGGCUGUUGGCCAACUUCACGGACCAGGACCUGGACGAGGACGAGUUGGGGGGCACUCUGCAGUGGCAGGUCGUGGCGGGAGACACCUCUCAGGUGCAGGGCUUUGAGGCUUACCUCUCCGAGUCCGCGUUCCUGGGCUCUGCCGACGGCUCCGGCGCCCAGACGCUGGCCGUGCCGCCUGAGGUGCCACAGGGCAACUCCAGCCAUAUCCUGCUGUACGCAGUUUCCAGCUCCUUCCGCCAAACCUUCCCAGCGGAGGUGCUUGUGCUGGACACCAACGCAAGCGUAUCAGGCACCUCCUUCCUGGAUGAGGACCUGGAUGUGGGCCAGGUGGGGGGCCAAGUGUUCUGGGACCUGCCGGAGGAAACCGCCCAGGUGACCGGCUACUUGGUGUACUUGUCGAGUUCAGCCAACCGCUCGAUAAUCAGCCAACUGCCCACCACGACCACAGCGGUAGACCUGCUGCCGGACACUGACAUGCAGCAGUUCAGCCAGGUGGUGGUCUACACUCGCUCCGCCCUGGUGGAGCAGACGACUCCGGAUGCAGUUCAGCUCAGCGACGUGCAAGUCACGGUGGAGAAUUUGGAGUUUGUGGACCAGGACUUGGAUGCCUGGGAGUUGGGCGGCAACGCGACCUGGUGGGCCAACGACUCUGCGGUGGUCGGCUACAAGGUCUACCUCUCCAACAGCUCCAGCGGGCUGGCACGGCAGCCGGUGGGAAACUUGUUGGUGCAACGAUACUUGGAGGUGCCGGAGGACACCCCACUGGGGGACCUGCGAUUUUUGCUGGUCUACACCGUGUCGGGCCUCACGGAGCAAACGACCCCUGCUGCGCUGGUUUUCAAUGACACUGAGUCCAGCGUGCAACAGCUGGAAUUCCUGGACAAGGAUCUUGAUGUGGAUCAGCUAGGGGGUGCUGUCACCUGGCGCUUGCCCGAGGAGUAUGCAGAGGUGGCGCUUUACGCUGUGUAUUUGGGCACCAGCGCAGCAGGGGCAGGCCGUUCGUUGGUGGGCAGCACUGUGGCCACGCAGUUGGAUGUGCCCUUGGACACGCCACUCCAGGCCUUCAGCCACGUCUUGGUCUACAGCACCUCGGUCUAUGAGCAAAGUACCCCGGUGGCGCUGGCCUUCAACGACUCAUCCCUGCAGGUCCAGGAUCUCAGCUUCACGGACCAAGACCUGGACGACUACCACCUGGGCGGUCCAGUCUCCUGGGCACCACCGAUUGACACUGACGUGCUCGAAGGCUACGUGGUGUAUUUGGCGGGCUCCUCCUUGGGCGACGAGCGCCAGCUGCUGGGCAAUGUCACCGUUGGCAGCAAUGAGUUCCUUGUUCCUGCGGACACGGCGCUGGCCAACCACUCCCACCUCCUUGUCUACACCAGGUCCGACUUUGGCGAGGCCUCGGUGCCUGCAGCAGUGCCCAUCUUGGACGUGGUGUCACGCGUCUCUGACAUCAUCUUCGUGGACAAGGAUUUGGACGAGCAGGAGCUGGGCGGCAACGUGACCUGGACACCACCCCCAGACUUGACGCAGGUGGCGGGCUAUGUGCUCUACCUUGCAGAUGGCUUGCGAAGAUCACAGGUCGCUUCCCCGGAACUGGUGGGGGCCAACGAGUCCUUCGUGGAGGAGGACACGAAUCUCAGCUCCUUGACGCAGCUGGAGGUGUACUCCAGGUCUGUGCUGGCGGAGCAGACCACCCCGGGCACCUUGUUGAUCAGCGAUGCCGCGGCCACCGUAACAGGCCUAAACUUCACGGACCGGGACCUGGACGCGUCGGAGCUGGGCGGGGAGGUCGUUUGGCAGAUCCCAGAGGAGCCGCAGCUGGCGCGGUACAUGGUCUACCUGGUGACUGCUGGCAACAGGAUUCCGCUGAGCGCUGCCCUGGCAGCAGAGACCUCUUCGCUGCUGGUUGGCCCGGACUUGGCAGCAGGUGUUGAGCUGGCGGUCUACACGAAGAGUUCCCUUUUUGAGCAGACGACCCCGGCCACAGUGGAGGUUGUGGACUUGGAAGCCACUGUGUCGGACGUCGUCUUCGAGGACCUCGACUUGGACGAGUCCCACCUGGGCGGCGUCCUCAACUUUUCCGCGCCAGCGGACACCGCAGAGGUCACCGCCUACAGCGUUUUCUUCGCCGACGCCGAUUCAUCGGCCAUCGAAGUUCGCCGGCGCGUGCCCGUGACGCCGGACCUGGCGCCGGAGGAGUUGGGGGCUUUGAUCCCAGCGGACAUCGAGAAGGGCAACUUCUCGCACGUGCUGGUGUACACCAAAUCGGCCCUGGUGGAACAGUCCACGCCGGCAUUUGGUGUGCUCAACGACACAGAGGCAUCGGUCGAGAAUGUUGCCUUCGAAGACGAGGACCUUGACGAGGGGGACCUCGGCGGCACCGUUUAUUGGACUCCUCGGGGCGACGUGACGGCCAUCCAGGACUACCUCCUUUACGUGGACGGCAAGCUGAUGGGCUCAGCACCUUUUGGGAUGAAUCAGUUGAACAUCAGCGCGGACUUCCGGCCGGUGGUGCAGGAGCUGGCCAUCUACACCCGGUCGCGGAUCUAUGAGAGUAGCACCCCUCAGGUGCACAAUUUCAGCGACACUGCCGCGAGCGUGUCUGGCAUCCGCUUUGAUGACGAGGACCUGGACAAGUUCGAGCUGACUGGGUCCAUCACGUGGUCCCCGCCGCCGGACGAGCAGGUCACCUUCUUCCGAGUCUACUUUGCCUCAUCAUCCAGCGGCGUGGGCGGGUCGGGACGACUGCAGCUGAGCGAACAGCCCGCGGCAGUGACGGUCGCGUACAUCCCCAACAACUUUCAGACGGUCGGCUACAGUCACAUCCUUGUGUACACGGGUUCCGUUCUGGCGGAGCAGACCACGCCUGAGGCACUAGAGUUUGUGGAUGAUGCCCUGGAGGUGGCGAACCUCAGCUUCCCGGACCAGGACCUCGACGCCCAGGAAGUCGGAGGCUAUGUGUCCUGGGACACGCCGAACUUCACGGCCACGGUCUCGCACUACGCAGUGUACCUCUCCGUGGACGUCUUUGGCACCAACCGCUCCAAGGUGGGCGAUGACAUCCCGCUGGGCACCAACACUGCUUUGGUACCUGCGGAGACGCCCCUGGCGGAUUGGAAGUACGUCGCGGUGUACAUGAAGUCCCCUGGGGCAGAGCAGACUACACCGGCCAGCCUUCUCAUCAGCGACUCCGCUUUGCAAGCAGCGGACGUGCACCUCUUGGACCUGGAUCUCGACCCCCAGGAGAUGGGCGGCACUGUCAGCUGGUCCGCACCUUUUGACGAGCUGGUCACCGGCUACGAUGUUUAUUUGUCGCCCUCCGCCUCCGGACUCGGCCGGAGCCUGGUGGGCAAUUGCAGCGCCGAUAGCCUUGAGGUGCAGCUCCUGGUGGAGACCAGCGUUCUCAACUUUUCCUACGUCCUGAUCUAUGCCAGGUCGGCGCUGGCAGAGCAAAGCACGCCGGCGGCGGCCGAGCUGAACGACACGCAGGUGCCCAUAGAGGUGAACUUCACGGACCAAGACCUGGAUGAGAACGAUCUGGGGGGCCUAGUCACGUGGACGGUCGCAGGGGACUGGGAGCUGGCCAGCGGCUACACGCUGUACCUCGCGGCCAAAGCGGAUGGCACGGCCCGUUCGCAGGUGGAUAUCAGCCCUGCCACCGGCCGCAGCAGCAUUUUCCCCGCCAACAUACCCAAGGAGGUCGCCGAUGGCCGCAUUUUGUCCAACGCCCUGGUCUAUGCCUACUCCGCGCUGGCGGAGCAGAGCACUCCCGGCUGGGCACCGGUGAGCGACACACAGUCAAUGGCAGUCAACAUCAGCUUCGUGGACCAGGACUUGGACGAAGAUGAGCUCGGGGGCACCAUCACUUGGACUCCGAACGGGGAUGUGGAGCACGUGACUGCGCACCUGGCAUACCUGGCGGUGGAUGCGUAUGGUGACAAUCGCUCGCUGGUGGGCAGCGGGGACGCGGCGGUGGCACUUGCGCCAGAGCAAGCUUUGUGGGAGUUCAGCCACGUGCUGGUCUACACGCGCUCGGUGUUGGCGGAGCAGAGUACACCGCAAGCUGCGGCGUUGAAUGACACGAUUUCGAGCGUGUCCAACGUGAGCUUCCCAGAUCAAGAUCUUGAUGCCCUGCAGCUGGGCGGCCGCGUGUCCUGGCUGCCCCCUGCUGAGAUGUCGCAGGUGACGCACUAUGGGAUCUACCUGGCAGGAGGUGCUGGGCGCUCGCAAAUUGGCGCGGAGCCUGCAGGUGCGGAGUACAGCGACCUGCAACCUGAGCAAGAGCUGGGGGACUUCACGGACGUGCUCGUGUACACCUCCUCCGCCUUGGUGGAGCAGACCACUCCGCAGGCGCUGAACCUCAGUGACACCAGCUCCAGCGUCUCCGGCGUGCGCUUCGUGGACGUGGACCUGGACGCCACUGAGAUUGGCGGCGACGUCUUCUGGGACCCGCCCAAUGAGUCGUCGCAGGUCUCAGGAUACUUGUUGUACCUGGUCGGGCCGUCUGUGAAUCGCUCGGCUGUGGGUGCGGCCACGCUGGGCACCAAUACUCUGCCGGUGCCGGAGGAGACUUUGCUUCCGCCUUACGACAGUUUGCUGGUGUACACCUCCUCUGCCCUGGUGGAGCAAACUACUCCCACCCGCUUGGUCAUCAGUGACACCAGCGCUACAGUGACAGAGGUGCUGUUGGUGGACAAGGACUUGGACUUGGAUCAGCUCGGCGGAGAGGUGACAUGGCUGGAGCCCAGUGACACCGCGCAGGUGAGCAGCUACGCCAUCUUCCUUGAAGGACCUACGGUGAACCGCUCGCAGAUUGGACUCGUAGCGGUGGGCUUGAGCAACAGUUCCCUGCCGCCAGACACGGCUUUGGGAAACUUCACGCAGGUGGCCAUCUACACACGCUCGCAGCUGGUGGAGCAGUCCGUGCCAGCAACCUUCAGCAUCAGCGACAGCCUGGCUUUGGCGCUUCACCUGUCAUUCGCAGAUGAGGACUUGGACGCUUGGCACCUGGCGGGGGACUUAUCCUGGCAGCCUCCCGACGUGGCUGCGGGGUACGCCUUGGCUCAGGUGACACAUUACGUCACCUACCUGGCGGACGACCCCUCAGGCACCAACCGCUCCUUGCUGGCGGAGGUUCCGCUGGGUACCCAUCAGCAAACGCUGCAGCAGGACACAGAGCGGCAGCUCUUUCUGCUGGUCUACACCAAGUCUGCGCUGGUGGAGCAAACGACCCCUGCCGCGCUCUUUGCCAGCGACUCGGCGUCUCCAGUGGUGAACGUGACCUUUGUGGACAAGGUACCUUGCAAGGGUUUGCAGCAGGACCUGGACGAAGGGGAGAUGGGUGGGACCAUCUUCUGGGACGAGCCUGCGGACCUCGCGCGCGUGACCAAGUACUGCGUCUACCGUUCCGCGGGCGCCGACGGCGUCUUUGGGCGGUCCAAGCUCUACAACGAUGUGCUUGUCGGCACGGCUCCGCCGUCUGUGCCCGUGUCCGCGGACAUGACCAUCAGUGUGUUUCAGUACAUUGCGGUCUAUUCCAAGUCCAGCCUCUAUGAGCAGACCACGCCGGAGGUGGUGGAGAUCAACGACACCGUGGCAAAGGUGCAGAUUCUGAGCUUCACUGAUCGGGAUUUGGACGAGGGCGACGUGGGGGGCAUCUUUACCUGGCUUCCACCCCUGGACAUCGCGCAGGUGACCCACUACCGCGCCUACCUUUCCGCACCUCCCACCCGCUCGAGCCUCUUGCUGGAGACCCCCGUAGGCGCCAGCCAGGACUUGCUUCCUGCAGAAAGCUUCUUGCUCAAUGCCACGCACUUGCUGGUCUACACGGUUUCCUCCCUGGUGGAGCAAACCACCCCCGACUCCUACGUCUUCUACGACAUGAGUGCCAGCGCGUCCCAGGUCCAGUUCGUGGAUAAGGACACGGACUUUGGCCAGGUUGGCGGAGUGGUAGAGUGGCUGCCACCCAGCGACACCUCGCGAGUGGAGGUAUAUGUGACCUACUUCGCUCAAGACACCUCCGGCCUUGGCAAGUCCCUGAUCGGAGAAGACCAGGUGAACUCUACCGUGUUGGCGGACACCCAACUGGGCCUCAACACCCAGGUGCUGGUCUAUACCCGCUCCUCGCUGGUGGAGCAAACUACCCCGGCCUUUGCGCAGGUGAGCGACACCGCGUCGGCGGUGCCUUACCUCCACUUUACCGACCAAGACCUGGACGUGCAGCAGAUUGGCGGGAUCCUCACGUGGCAAGCCCCCGAGGACAACGGCACCAUUACUCACUACACGCUCUACGCCGCGGAGGAUGAGCUCGGCGCCAACAGGACCCAGAUAGCGGAGCUCCCGUUCGGGGCGACCGACGUGACCUUGCCGUCGGACUUCGAUCUUGAGAACUACACGCACCUUCUCAUCUACACCAAGACGGACGUGAGCGAGCAGACGGUGCCGACCUCGCACCUCAUCUUCGACGAGACGGCCCUCGUCAGCGAGGUGCACAUGGCGGACAAAGACUUGGACGCCUUAGAGCUCGGGGGCACUAUCACAUGGUCGCCUGCAACCAAUGUGCUGGUGACGGGGUACUACGUUUACCUGGCGGAGACGGCGGCAGGCGACGGCAGAGUCGGGGUUAACGGCUUUGUACCAGUGGGCACCAACUUGGUGCAUUUGGCCCCGGACGCGGCUUUGAACUUCUCGCGCUUCGCCGUGGUCUUCUGCGCCUCCGCGCUGGCGGAGCAAACGACCCCCAGCGCGUUUGUGCUGAGCGACUCCGCGGCGCAAGUGCUGAGCAUCAACUUCACGGACUUGGACUUGGACUUGGGACAUUUGGGGGGCGAAGUUGCCUGGCAGCCGGCGCCAGAUUCUGCACAGGUCACGGGGUACUUUGUGUACCUCGCAAAUGCCUUUGAAAACGACCGGUCCUUGGUCGGCAACACUUCCGCGGCCGUGUACGAGAUCGACCUGGCGCACGACCAAGACGUGGGCUCCUUCGCGCAUGUCUUGGUCUACGCAUCCUCCUCCCUGGCCGAGCAGAGCACACCGCUGGGCUUCAACUUCAGCGAUACGGACUCCAGCGUGAGCGCUGUGAAUUUCACGGACCGCGAUCUGGAUGCCAACGAGCUGGGAGGCACCAUCCACUGGACGCUGCCGGAGGAGGACUCGCUGGUGACCCACUACGUGCCGUACCUGGCGUUCGACGAGUUCGGCCAGAACCGGUCACAGGUCUCGGAGCUGCCGGCGCCUGCCCUGGCUGCACACCUGGCGCCCGACCAGGCGGCUGGUGACUUCGCCCACGUCUUGGUCUUUACCCGGUCCGCCUUGGCGGAGCAAACCACGCCGCAGGGUGCCUACAUCGAGGACCUGAAUGCCUCGGUGAGCUUCGCCACCUUCGUAGACCAGGACUUGGAUGUGGAUCAGUUGGGGGGCCCCAUCGCGUGGGAGGCCCCCGACUCCUUGCACCAGGUGGCGUUCUAUGAUGUGUACUUCCAGGGACCUCAGGCUGACGCACUGUCCAAGCUGGGCACCACAGAGGUGGGCACCAAUCUUAUCGACGUGCCAGUGGACUUCCCUCUGGGCAACCUGACGCACAUCCAGAUCUUUACUCGCUCCACCUUGGUGGAGCAGACGACUCCCUUCGUCUUC